AUGCUUGAUGAUUUAUUGCCAAAACCUGACACCGAAUGGGUUUUACUUGAAAAACUUGGACAGGGAACAUUUGGAGAAGUGUUUAGAGUUCGCCACCGUAAUCAAGAAAAUGUACAUGCAGCAGCAAAAAUUGUGCGUACAUUUGCUACUGAUAUUGCCGAUGAAAUACAAAAUGAAUUUCAAAUUCUUAAAAAUUUAUCUAUUCAUCCAAAUUUACCAAAAUUUAUUGGAAUAUAUUGUGAACAUGAAGAUGAUGAUCAACAAUCAGAACAAGAUACUCAUAAGAUAAAACUAUCAUCACAAAAUAAAAAUUUAAAAUGUUUAUGGUUUGUCAUGGAAUUGUGUGAGUAUGGAACAAUUGUCAAUCUUUUAAACAGAAUACGUGAAAAUCAAUCAUUUGAAACAAUAAAUCAGGCAGACAUUCUCAUCUACGAUUUUAAUCAACAAUUAGAAAAAGUAACAAUCUAUGCUAUUCAUUCGGCAUUAGAAGCUCUUCAGUUUUUACACUCAAAUGGUAUUAUGCAUCGAGAUGUCAAAGGUAGUCAUCUGCUUGUGACAUUAACCUAUGGUAUCAAAUUAAUUGACUUUGGCGUAUCAGGUUCAUUUGGAACUGAUGAGAAACAGAAACGAAAUUCAUGUGUGGGUACAGCUUUAUUUAUGGCUCCUGAAAUCAUUGCUUGUCAACAACAGUUUGAUUAUGAAUACGAUGAAAGAUGUGAUAUUUGGUCAUUGGGUAUUACGGCAGUUGAAUUAGCUGAAGGUCAACCACCAUUAUCACAUAUUCAUCCAUCAAAAGCAUUAUUUGAUAUACCACGAAAUCCUCCACCAAGUUUACAAAAUACAUCAUUGUGGUCAAAUGAAUUUAAUAAUUUUAUUAGUUCAUGUUUAAUCAAAGAUUAUGAGCAACGACCAACAGCCAAACAAUUAUUAACUGAGAAUACAUUUGUUAAUGUUGAUAAUGAAACAUUGGAAUAUUAUAGACAAUUAUUAAAACAAUUACAUGAAACUUCAAAAAUUGUUGAUCAUGUAACUACAACAGGCGAUAUUGGAGAAAAUAACAGCAAUGUUUUUAGUAAACAUGUUGCCUAUAUCAAACAAAAUGAUUCAAAACUAAGGGUCAAAGAUAGCUCUGUUUUCGAUGAGCCUAAAAAAACAACUCAUUUGUCGAUACCAAUAGAUUCAAUUCCGCACAAGGAUAGGACAUUACGUUACAAUAAACAACAUAAUUUAUCGAUUUCUUUUGAAAAUGAUACUGAAAAUGAUAAUCCAUGGAUGAGUAAACAGAAAAAUCCAAACGAUAUUGAUAAUGAAAAUGAUUUAGCUCAAUUAGCUUAUCUUGAUGAACAAACAUUAAUUCAAUCAUUGAAAAGACGAUUCGAAAAAACACUUAUUUAUACGUAUAUUGGUGAUAUUUUAAUUGUCAUUAAUCCAAAACAAUAUUUACCUAUUGAUACUUUAUAUUUUCAAUUGAAAUAUUCAAAACAAUCAUACACUCAAUUAUUACCACAUAUUUAUUCAAUAGCAAAAAAUGUCUAUAAUCAAAUGAUUGUUACAGGAAAAUCACAAUGUAUUCUAAUAUCGGGUGAAUCGGGAUCAGGCAAGUACUUUUGUUCGAAUCAAAGUAAAACUCAUUCAGCACAAAGUGUUUUAACAGAAUUAGCAUUAUUAGGCUACAAUGAUGGUAAUGAAAAUCGUACAUUAGAAAAUCGUUUAAUCAAAAUGAAUUUAUUGCUAGAAGCAUUUGGUAAUGCAAAAACAAUUUUAAAUAACAAUUCAUCACGAUUUGGAAAAUUGUUAGAAAUAUUUUUUUCUCCAAAUGGUACUAUUGUUGGAUCAAAAUUAUCUGAAUUUUUAUUAGAAAAAACGCGUGUAAUUAAACAUAUGACAGGUGAAAGAAAUUUUCACAUAUUCUAUUAUUUAUAUGAACAUUUUUUAUCAUUAAAACGACAUAAUGAAUUUGAAAAUAUAUUUGAAAUUGAUUCAAAAAAUUGGAAAGAAAAUUUAAAACAAUAUUCUCAAUUUAAUCGUGAAAUAAAUUAUUCAUAUCUUGGUGAUUGUACAAAUAAUAAAUUUGAUAUUGAAACAUUUUUAAACAUUUUUAAAACAUUUCAUGAAUUAAAUUUUGAUGCUGACGAAUGUUCAUCAAUAUUAAAUAUAUUAAAUGGAAUAUUAUAUUUAGGAAAUAUUGAAUUUAUUAAUAAAAUAACGGAUGGUAAUGAUACAGCUGAUAAAAAUCAUCGUGGAUGUCAAAUAACUCAUACUUCAAUUCAAUAUGUACCGUUUGUUAGUAAUCUAUUUUCUAUUGAAAAAAAUCAAUUAGAACAUUCAUUGUGUGAAUCAAGUUUAAUGACACGUGGUGAAACCGUUAUUAAAUAUAAUACUUGUGAUGAAGCUAGACAAACAAGAGAUUCAAUGGCCAAAGCUUUAUAUAGUCGAUUAUUUGACUGGAUUGUGUAUGGUAUGAAUCGUUAUUUUAAAAAUGAAGUAGAAAAGAAACAUCAAUCAGAUAUUAAAUAUAGGUCAAGUUUUAAAAAUCGAACAACAUCAACAUCAUCAUCAUCAAUAAUAUCAAAAACAAUAGAUUAUAAUAAAAUGAUGAAUAAUUAUGAUGAUUUUCAAAAAACAUUUAUUACAGAUAGAAAAGAAACAAAUAUUUCUCAACAACAUCAACAUGAUGAACAACAACAAUGGCAAACAAUCGCAAUUCUUGAUGUAUUCGGAUUUGAAGAAUUUGUUCAUAAUUCAUAUGAACAAUUAUGUAUAAAUAUUGCAAAUGAACAAUUACAAUAUUAUUUUCGACAACAUAUUUUUCAAUGGGAAUUGCAAGAAUAUGAAAAUGAAGGUUUAAUAAAUAAACACAAUAAUGAUGGUACUGAUAGUAUGGAGCAAUCUGAACAAUCAAAUAAUAUUAAUUUUGAUCAAAUUAAUUUUCCCGAUAAUCGUGGUAUAUUAGAUAUGUUUUUGGCUAAACCUAUUGGUUUAUUAGCAUUACUCGAUGAAGAAAGUCGUUUUCCUCAAUCGAAUUCUCAAACAUUAAUUGAAAAGUGGCGACAAAAUUUGACAUCACCUUAUUUUUCUGUUUCAUCAACUAAUACACUUAAAAAAGGUCAACGUAUAUCUACGCUACAAGAACAACCAUUAUUUAUUAUCAAACAUUAUGCUGGAACAAUUGAAUAUAAUGCAGGAAGUUUUUUAGAAAAAAAUCGUGACUAUUUACCAAUGGAAAUAAGUGAACUAUUAAUAACAAGUGAAAAUCAUUUAAUUAAUCUUUUAUUUCGAAGUCGUUUGCGAAAAACGGGUAGUAUAUCAUAUACUACUAGUCAAAAACAAGAAGAAAAUAAAGUAUUUCGUACAGUAAAUAGUAAACAAAUGUUAAUAAAUACACAAAAUCGUACACAAGCCACAGUAUCAACAUAUUUUCGAUACUCUUUAAUGGAAUUAAUUAGUAGAAUAGCCCCGGCACAGCCAACAUUUGUUCGUUGUUUAUUACCGAAUAGAGAACAUUCUCACUCUAUAAACAACGAAAAUGAUACUACCUAUGUUUUAUUUGAUGAAAAAGUUGUUCUUGAACAAAUUCAAUAUUCUGGUAUAAUGGAGACAAUUCAAAUACGAAAUCAUGGUUAUUCACAUCGAAUAGUAUUUGGAGAGUUUAUUCAAUUGUAUGCUGUACUUGCUUAUAAAUUUACAACUGAUUAUCAUACGUUACCAUCUAAUGGUCAAACAUGCAAUGAAAUUUUGAAAAAAUUGAAUUUUAAUCAUUAUGCUAUUGGAAAAACAAAAGUAUUUUUAAAAUUUUAUCAUAUGGAACGUCUAAUAUCAAUGUACAAACACCUUAUAUCAUCAAUUAUAUUUAUACAAUCACAUAUCCGAAUGAAAUCAACAAGAAAAUAUUAUAAACAAUUGAUAAAAGAAGAAAUAAAAAGUGAAAGUGAAAGAGCGGCAUUAUUACUUCAAGCAUCCGUGCGUGGAUGGUUAACAAGACGACAAAUAAAUAAUAAACAACAAGCAACACAAAAAGCAACAUUAUUAAUUCAAACAUAUUGGAGAAUGUGGAAAGCGCAAACAAUUUAUGAACGUUUAAAAUUAAAUCGAUUAAACAAUCAUAUGCAUAUAUCAUAUUAUAUGAAACAAGUUGAACUAUUUGGUAAUGAGUUAUAUUUAGCAUUAAUUAGUCAACCAUUAACAAUACAAAUUAAUAAAAAUCAAAUUUCAUUAUCAAUAAUUACUAAAAAUGAUAUUAAAUUGAAUAAUGAAGAAAAACAACAACGACCAAAAAAAUCAAAUAUUGUUAGUAGAAGACGUGUUACAACAAGUCGUUAUUAUGAUGAAAUUCAUAAAGAAUACAAGAAAAAACAACAGCAUGAACAAAAUGUGAAACGUAGAUCGAUAAUUGUUAACGAACAACCUCAAUUUGUCUCAAUACCAAAAGCACCACCAUAUCCACCACCAGAAUUUUUUCAAACAUUUACACCAAAAUCAGAAGCAGUAGUAAAUCCAUUUUAUAAGCGUCAACUCUCGGAACCAAUUGCCUUCUCAAAUCCAGUAGAAGAAUUAAAACUUAUAUUAUCCCGUCAAACAAAACCAUCUCAUAAUGAUCAGACAAAUACGUAUUUAAGUUUACCACGACGUUCGUUAAGUCAACAAAAAUUUAUGAUGAAAGAUAAUAGUCAUCCAACGACUACUGAUUCAGCAUUGUUAGCAGAGACCAAUGGUGCUGAUUUUCCAAUAUUGAAAAGUUCAAAUAAUCUAGAAUCAUCAUAUGAACAUGAAUAUACCGUAACUGAUAACAAUAGGAGUAGUGACUUGUUAUUAACGAAAAAAACUUAUGCUACUAGUGAUUCAAGUUCAAGUACAUCGAGUCUUAAAGUAGGAAAUAUAAUAUUAGCAAAAACAGAUGUUCGUAAUUUAAAAGCAGGUCUAAGAAAAACGGGUUAUGAACCAGAUAUCAAUCAAACAUUGCGUCGCAAAAUACCAAAUGAAACAAAACAAAUGGAUUUUCGAAACGUUUUACGUGCACGACAACAGAAACAAAGUGGUUAA